UCGGACCAACAUCUUCCUCCUUUUGUCUCCACUCUUUAGCCAGAUUUACACAGACUCUCUUACUCAAAUACAAUUUAUCCGUUUUUAAGUCUGAACAAAUGCAUUAUUACCUGUGUAGAUAAUUCUUUCUCUUCACCAUUUCCUCCGUUUUGCACUGAUGAUGUGGUAUAAAACACUCAGCUGCCAGUCAGGAUAGUUCAGUGCUUUAAAGUGGGACACUGGAGGAGCAGCGGAUGAUCACAGCUUGACUUUUUGUGUAUUUUUAAUUUUUUUUCAUCAGUUCCAUUGUUGUUUUGAAGUCUCCAGGAUGGACUGCGUCUCACAGAACAUGCGAGAUCAGAUCUCAGAGCUGCUGAAGCCUCACAGAGUGUGUGUGGUGACGCCUGUCAUCAUGAACUACUCCAGUCAGCCAUGUGUGAGGUCGGCCAACAGGUUUGUGGUGCUGAGUCUAUGGAGAGGCUACCUGGUUGUAAACAAGCAACCUGUCAGGGUGGAGAGCACGUUCAGCUAUUUGGAGAUUUGCUCCAUCAACAUUCACAGUCUCACGCAGAUUGUGUUGGAGACAGACAGGCACACUUUGUCUUUCAGUGUGUUUCAUGUUGAGGAUCUUGAGGCCAUGGUCAGACACAUGACCGCCGCUCUGAAGAGGGUCUUCCCUGAUGCAUCACCAGGAAAGCUGUUAAAGACGAUUCCUCCAGAUCUCCAGCAGAGACUCCUCACACUGACCGCUGUGAUAGAAGAGCAGCUGGAAAGUCAGCCUGGCUCCUGCGGAGGAUUUUCUGACACUUAUGCUGCUCUCUGUGAUUUCAAUGAGAUGCCAUUCAGAGAGGAGAUUCAGUGGGAUGUUGACAACAUCUACUGCAUCAAUAAGCGGAGAGAGUUCAACUUGCAGGACUUCAGCCACUUAGACAGCAGGGACCUGGCUUUAGCAGUAGCAGCUCUGUCUUUCAACCAGUGGUUCACCAAGAUCUACUGCAAAGAGCUCAAAAUGUCGAUGGACAUCCAGCAGCAGCUGACUUUCUUGCUGUCCAGAUCUCCCAGUUUGGAGGAACUCUCACUGGAGGGCAGUGGACUCAAACUGGACUUUGCAGUCAAAAUGGCAGCUGCCCUUCGGGACCACGACUCCUCUGCCCUGCAAUCCAUCAACCUCUCAGGCAAUCCAAUCGAAGACAAAGGUGUCAUAGCUCUCAGUCAGGAGUUGGGAAAUUUAGCUGAAGGACUCAAGUACCUUUCUCUGUCACGGGUAUCAAUGACUGCUAGAGGUCUGGGCUAUCUGAGUCAGGUGUUAUCCUCCACUCAUCUGCUCUCAGCAUCUCUGACCCACCUCGACCUGUCAGCUAACCCUGGGUGCCUGGUUACUGAAGAGGCCACGUUUCUCUUCAAGUUCUUGUCCAGCACUAAUUCUCUGUCUUAUCUGGACCUCAGUGAUACCCACUGUCCUCUGGACACGUUAUUUGUGUCUCUGUCUGCUGGAUGUUGUUACAAACUGGUGCACCUGAACCUGGCCAGAAAUCCUUUCAGCCACAGAAAGGUGCGGAAAGUGACCAGGAGCAUUCAGGAGUUCUUCAGUCAGAGCUGUGAGCUGAAAUAUGUGGGUCUGUCUGCAACCAAACUACCUCCACAAGCUCUCAGUUUGGUACUACAGGGUCUGGCAACCAACACUCGUCUCUUUGGGCUGAAGUUGGACAUCAGCAGCUGUGAGGUACACUACACACUCACACACACAAAUCCAACAAACACCUUGUUGUGUGAUGAUGAGUCACAGAAGCUACAGCAAAAUUGUUUUGAGAAUGACAUGGUGACUCUGGUUCUGUCUGUCGGUCGAUGUCACUCUCUUCGGCACCUCUCGCUGGGACGAAACUUUCCCAUGAAGUCCAGAGCUCUCACCGACGUACUUCAUCGUAUCGCUCAGCUCAUUCAGGAUGAAGAGUGUCCCUUGCAGUCUCUAUCAGUGUGUGACUCCAAGCUGAAGACAGGGAUGCACAUCCUGCUGAGCGCUCUGGGUGGCCACGCUGCUCUGGCUGAAGUGGACAUCAGUGGAAACAACAUCGGAGACACAGGAGCCAAAAUGCUGGCCAAAGCGCUGAUGAGUAACACUACGCUGAGGACUCUAGCUUGGGACAGAAACAGUGUAACUGCCAGGGGCUACCAGGAUGUGGCUGAUGCUUUGGAGAGGAAUUUCACACUGCAGCAGGUGUCUCUCCCUUUGGCUGACAUCACACAGAGUUACCGCAGCAACUCUGACAGAACAAAAGAGGCUCUGCACAAGAUUCAGCAGUGCUUAGUCAGAAACAACCAGAGACAGUCUGAAAGAGUGGAACGUCAGCAAGUUUUUAAAGUUCAGCAAUCUGAGAAGCAGGUCAAGGGUAUGUGUCUACAGUUGGAGGACAGCCUUCAACGUUUAAACCACUGCAACAUUGAGGAAGUCCAGGCUGAUGUCAUGACAGCACACGAGGCUCUGCACAACGCCAGGGAGUCCCUCAAGCUGCUUCCCUCUCUGUAUGACGCAGGCAUGAAGUGUGCCUCUGAUGGAGACGUGGUGAACUGCAUCCUCACUGGCACUGCUACUGCACUGACUGAUGAGUUCAACAGGAGCAUACAGGAGUUGGCUGAAGGCCUGAUGAGGUGUGCAGAGGCAGUGUGUCCACGGGUCGUCCAGCGGUCGAGUGUGUGUGAGUGUCUGUCAGAGUAUGUGUCCAAAAGAGGAAGACAGACACACACUUUCCUGAGAAGCACUCUGGUGGAGAACACUGGGCAGAUCAUCAGCAACAGACUGAGUGAACUGAGACAAACACUGAGUGUCUCUCUGGCUGAAAGCAUCUUAGAGCAAGUUCAACAGGAUCUGACGAUGGCACAGGACAAAAUGGAUUGCCUUAUAAAAGAAAAUUCAUGCAAUGCUCUGAAACUGAACGUCCCAGAGAUUCGAGUAGGUGACGGUGACUUCCCAACUGACGAUUACAGUCCAGCAUUUUGGAGAAACAGUUUCCACUCGAAGAGUCUGAGGCCUGCUCCUUCAAUUAAGAGUCUCCUGGAUGCAGACUGGGAGCAGCAGACCAGUGACAGAGGAGCGGAGAGAGAGGGGGGAGGAGGUGCCAUAGAGGAGGGACGAGGAGAAGGAAGGUGUGGCCUCCCUCGGUUACCGACAGCAACCCCCUUGUCAGUCAGGUUUUCAAGCUCCUCCCCUCCCCCGUCCCCCUCCCCCCCGGGACUGAGGGGGAGGAGGCGGAGGGAGGGGGAGGUGGCGGCGGUGGAUGCUGCAGCAGCAAUAUCGGGAGCGAGAGGAGCAUCGCUCAUUCCUCCUCCCAGUCUCCCCCUCCUUUGCUCCCUCUCUGCUCGAGCUCCAGAGGAGGAGGCUGCCGGCCGCGGAGGCUCACCCAGACGACAGGCUCCAUUCCCCGGCUGCGGCCCCAGCCCAGGCCCCCUCCCCAGCACUGGAUCCCCAGCUUCCCCCAUGGAGCCUCUACCCACCCAGGGACAGACUCUAAGGCAUUUCACCGCCUCCCGACCGCGGCCGCGACGCACACACACACAGCCCCCCUCUUUCAGGCCUCAGGAGCCUGUUUCAAAGGUAGAGAAUGAGGCCAGUGAGGGGAUGGGGAGAGUGGAUGAAGGAGUAGAAGAGUUCUUCACCAAGAAAAUUAUUCCUGACUAUGCACUAAAAGGCCGGUGGGAGGAAUCAAUCCCUGCCCAAGCCACUCCCUCAGAGUCAAGCUCCACCCCCUCAGCUUCAACCCUCUUUUCCUCUUCGUCUGACAAUAUCACCUCCUCUACCACCACCACUGUCACCUCCCCCUCUGUCCCAUCUACUGACACAUCCCUUACAUCCACUGAUGUUCCCCCCCUCUCUUCAUCCUCCACCUCCCCCACCCCCUCUCCCGUCACCACCACCACACUUCCCACCAAAAACAUCAAGAAAAAGUUUGGCGACUUCUUUGCCUUCAAGAGGGCACGAGCCAACCGAGCCGCCAAGGCAGGAGGGGGAGAGGGAGGAGGAGGAGAGGGGGUGAAGGUCAAAAGGACCUCCAUUGCCGACCUCAUUCGACCCCUCCGCGAGGCCAAAGAAAGGGAGAGAGAGAGGGAGAGAGAGAAGGGGAGAGGGGCAAGGUCAGUGGAGGAUGCUAACGUUUCUAAUGAUGCCGCCACCACAGAAGGAACCGUUGCCACCGAUGCAGGCGAUGCGAGGGAAACGAUGGCGCCUGCCAAGACAUUAACCACGAUGACGCCUUCCAGUGACACCACUCCCUCUUACCCCACCGUCGCCACCAGCCCUGACCUCACCACUGCCACGCUUUCCAACCUGGAAGAGGAGGCAGUUCCUGUCUUGCCAGGUCGCACCCCCAGUCCCGUGGUCACCUCCCCUCUCACAGAGCAGGAGAGGAGCGCAGCGCACAUGAAGGAGAUGAAGUUGGGAGGGACGCCGUACGGAGAGAGGAGACUGAAUGUGACCAAGAGGUCACUGAGAGAGGGCAAGAGCCAGAGUCUUAUUCUGCUGACGGGAUUAGAGCCUGAGGACAAGGAGGACUCGCACAGUAAGAAACAUGCGUCAGAGAGCUCCUCUAGUUUUGAACAGAGGCUCCAGGUGAUGCUGCACAGAAUGGGCGUGGCCAAAUCUCCACCUGCCGACACCAAGACGAGCCAGAACAAAGACGAUGAGCUGAGAAAGGCCAACUCUGAAGGUGCUAUCCUGGACAAGCCUGCACCACCUCCCACAUACAUGAAGCCCAGAACCAUGUCCACGUCAUCAGCAGACCCCAGGCAUCCUAUGAGAGCGCUGGACCCCAUCCGACCGGAGCCUCCCCUCUUUCCGAAACCCGCCCUCCCCGAGCGCCCCAUUGGCCCUCUGCCACCCAAACCUGCCAUCGCAGCCAAGCCUCCCAUCCCCACCCCGGCCUCUCCUGCAGGAGGAGGGGCUCGGCCGUCCUCUGCUCCUCCGUCCAGCAGCUCAGCGGAGAGAGUCCAGCUCCGAGCACAUACUCAAGACAGCAGGCCAGGGGAGACUUCAGCACAGAAUGGAAGCCAGGAGCGUCCCUGGGGUGCAGCCUCUGCUCCAUCAUCCAGGAAAGAGCUGCUUCCACCAGCCCCGUCUCCAUGGAGAGGUCCCAGCGCACAGGAUCGCUCUGAGAAAGCACAAUCAGUGACUGACGAGAGUCUUCCUAAGCCACGCCAACACCUGAGGCCCCUUCCACAACGCAGAGCUGUGUCCAUCCACGAGGACAAUCCGGCCCUGACACAAGAGCUGAAGGCAGUGUUGCAGAGGUCGCCCAUCCGUUUCCGGGGCAACAGAGGAGACCUGCCCACCUGCACUGAAGAUCCAUCCAGUGGGGAGGAAGCACAAAGAGCUCAGGAGGCCAGUGACACAGGGAGACAGACAGCUGGAGACAAGAAAGAGGCUGUCCAGAGGGAGGAGCUGAAAGCUGAGAGAGGACGGACGGGCUGUGACGGGACGUUAGCUGAAACCAAGCCCCCCCCUCCAGGAGAAAAGGAAACCCCAGGCUCAGGGUGUCCCUCCUCUACAGCUCAGGCCCAACAAGAAGCACCCGUACCCCAACUCUUCAGUCCAACUGCAGCUCUCGACAAAGCUCCAUCCAUCCUGGAAAAACCUCCUGUGACCCCCACAUCUGAGAAAAAGAGCCCCAGCAUAGCCCAAGCACAGCCCCAAACUCUAGAAAAACUCCUGGUGUCCCCAACGCCCCAAGAAAAGACCCCCAGCACAAUCCCAGCUGCAUCUGAAACCCCAGAAAUCCCCCAAGUGAGCCCUCACAAGAAGAAGAGCCCCGGCACAGCACCAGCCACAGUGGAUGUGAGAAACAGCACACAGGAGAGAGGAGAGGCGGCCUCUAAACAGCACACAACGAAGGCAGAGCCAGCAGACCAAAGAACUGAGCCCCCUCUGUCUGAAUAACACACAGACUGACUUACCUGAGGAGAAAAGACACACCUGGGAGAGAGAGGAGGGAGGGGUCCAUGACAUCACUGAGAUCGGGAACUGGGAGAGUGAAUGAUGUCUGAGAAGAGCACGAUUGUUGUAUCCUUCAGUGGAAAACAGCUGCUGUGUCUCAUGUCAGGGGGGUCUGAGAAGUGUUCAUAGUUGGUGCAUUUUUAUUAUUUUUUUGCCAGCGUCUGUACACCUGCUAUUUUGGCUGUUUGAGGUGAAAAAAACACAGAUGCACAAACAGCCCAGUGGUGGUCAGAAAAUAAAUGUUUGUUAUUUCUAUGAUCCAGUGCCCAAUUUCAAUUUGUGUGAGGCAUGCAUUAUUCAUACAAAUCUGACCACUGGGUUGCUUUUACCUGCAAGCCCAAACAGUAAAUGUACAGACGCUAGUGUCUUCUUCUGAGCUGUUCAUUUCAUUAUACCAAAAUAUCCAUACAUUAAUGAAAAGCAGAGGGAAAAGCAGUAAUUUGAAAUAUGUUGAAAUCAUUUAAGGGGCUGUGUCCGCCAAAGCGUUUUUUCACUGAGGCCGGUGUAUUUUUUUAAUGAUUAACGACGGGAGUGCCGCAUAUUUAUUUUCUCUUUUUCAGACCGUCGAGAGUUUAAAAAUGUUCAUCUUUGGGUAAAAACGCUGCGCUCAUCACUUUAGCCCUUCAGUCACAGUGGAGGAGGAACAAACAGCCUACCGCAGAAACCGACCGUCAUAUCUUACAUGUACAAGAGCUAAAUAACAACAAUGGAGGAGAAAUCUGUUUAUUUAGAGUAUCAACACGUUCUGAUCCCAAGUCAUCACAUGUUGCUGCUUUGCAGAAUACUUCCGUGUCUACAUUUUAUGCUCUGGGUAAACUUCUGCGUCUGCUAUUUACGUUCUGGUAUGGCACUACCGUGAUGUCAACACAAGCACAUGGUGGGAUGACGCUGGGAGUGGUUAUGUUUAGAAAACAUGACUACCAAUGCAGACUGCCAACAAACACACACGCUGACACGUAUGGUUAGGUUCAGGCGACAAAGUCACGAAUGGUUAGGAUCAGAGGAAGGAGGCACAUGGUAAGGUGCAGAAAAGAAACAUAAGAUUUAGAUGGAAAGCAAACACCGGACUCCCACAUGAAAGUCCAGGGUUUGUUGGACCCAUCCGCCACCUCUACGGCCUACCUCCACAUUCUUUAUUUUACAUCGUUACCACCAGCGUAUUAACCAGUCGCCAUUUUGCCAUAUAUCAUGUGGACGCAACAGGUUCUGUCUGGCCGUGUGUUAUGGUGCCAGGGUAGGUGCUGUCCGGCAGCGUAUAAUAACACCACAACUGAUUCUGUCCGGCUGCGUUCUCAUCUGAUGUAGGGCGUGUCAUGCGGACGCAGAAGAUUGCUUUUGGCGUUGGGAUUGAACACCACUCUUUCCGCACUUUCAGAGCAGCGGUAUUUGACAGCUUCGAACAAUGUUGUUGUAGUUUCCUCUCAUGAAUAGACCAGCGGGUCAGUCCACUCUCCCCGCGUGCUUCAGCCUUCCCCUCAUCCACAGCUGUUUACUUGCCUUGUGCCGACAUGUUUACUUCUGUGGAUAUUCCGUAUCAUAGCAACCAGACGCAAACAAAGCUUGAAAAGAUGCCGCGCCUUUAAAGCGCUCUCAAAGACUUCCAGCUUGGUGUUUCCUAACAAGCGCCGGGCAUUUUCAGCUGGAUAAAAACGCUUUUGUGGACACGGGGCAUAACUCUCUGUCUCAGUUGGUGCCACCCAGAGUGAGUCUGCAUCUCACCUUUGCAGCAAGUAAUAUGCAACCGCUCAGCCCCUGAAAUGCACUUUGCAUUCAGUCCGAACACACAUUUAAGACUCAGUAUUCACUGAGUCGCUCUAAGGAGGCCUGAAAUGAGACACAGCUAGCGCGCUAGAGUGAAUGACAAAUGAGUGAAGUAACGGGAGCGUCAGCUGGGUGGUUGUGAAAUCUUUAUUGUACGCCCUCCACAAAGGAUGGCUCAUUUAAAAAAAAAAAAAAAUACAUUUGAGAGUGUAGUUCAUUAACACGUUAGGUUUGGACACAUCAUGUCAGACACAUUUAUAUCACCUGCUUACACAUGUUAUCAUGAUUUGAUCAGGUUUCAUCAUUCUAUUAUUCACUUUGCCUUCUUGUUAGUAUUUACUUUAUUUUCCAUCAGAUGACCAGGUUUCAGGGAAAACGCCUCUUCAAGUACAUCCUCGCAUUUCAUUAUGACUCACACUCGGCUGACUUAGCUCAUUAGCUCCCAUUCUUUUUUUUCAAUUGGGGAUUUUUUGGUAAAUGUUUAAAUUGUAAUGACAAACUUUGAUUGCAUGAUGUUUUAAAUCUCUCUUUUAAGCCCCCCUUUAUCCUCUGCUUAUUCUUUGUCAUUGGCCUAAUAUUGGCUGAUUUUGCCAUUUUGCUACGUAAUAUGGCUUUUGUUAUCUGUUUGGGAGGGAGAACUUUUUUGCUUCAAACCAAUCACUGUGACAUCCAUCCAUUCAGUGCUGGUUAGUGACGGUAAAUAUCAGUUAGGCUGGAUUAUGUCAUUCAAAGUUUUCCAACAUGUCAUGUUCAUUUGGCUUCUUACUAUUAUUCCUGAGGUCCUGCAGUUUAGGUCACAGUCUUUAAAGGCCCAGAAACACCAAAUGGACAUCAAAGAACUAGUGGCGACAAAAGCCCGCUGCUGAGUCAACUUAUGUCGCUGCAUCGUGACCAAAAAAUGGCACAUAAACACAAUGCAGGGACUACAGCCAACAGCAAACCAGAACGUACGUUCUGCGCCUGUUUAAAAGGAAAUAACUCUCCAUACAAGCAGAAUUACCAACAUUAGAAAAGGUUUCUGCUGAAGAACUCGAUGGCUAAAGAAAAAUAAUCUGACUUUAUGAAACAAGUUUGUUUCAAACUCAUUCCCUCUGGACUUAGGCUCUUUGUUUAAUUUCUCACUUCCAUUUGGCUUUCUCUUUAUAUUUUGCUGCAUCUGCUGAGGGAAAAAGCAGAUAAGAGUCGAUUGGUGCCAAUGAAGGCCAACGGUGCAGGACACACCGCAGCCCCUGGGGCAGUGAUAUUCAACAAACGUCCCGCUGGACAACAACAAAAAGUUUCACUUUUAGUAUAUGUAAGGUGCCAGGGAGCAUAAAACAGCAUCAAAAUAGAGCUUGUUUAUUUAAGAAAAAGUGUCACUGGAGUAUCCACCGCACCCCUCGACAGAGGUCCUAGCUAAGCCCCGAAUGUUCUGAGUAUAUCUCAGUACCAUGCAUCUGUCUCAUUUUCUUAAAUACAAUAUCUGAGUAUCUGAAUUUGAGGUUCCCUGAAUUUGGCACAAACAUCCAU